AACCGUCCCUUGGGCUUGAGUCCUAAAUGGCAAUUCCAAUAAUUAAACUCCAAUUUCAGUUACUAUAUAUAGUUUGCACAACCGAAUCUCUUGGUCCAUCAACGAUAUCAUCAUCGUCAUCAAUCUCUCCCACUCCGAACUCUCUGCUCGUUUCUUCCUGAUAAUAGAAAUCCAAAUAACAAAAUUAAUCACACUAAAAUCAAUCAAAUUCUUUUUCUUUUUUUUUUGUUGUUGUUUUUUUUUUUCUUUCUAGUCUCAGAUCUUCAAACCCAUUUUGAACAACCCAACAACACUCUGUUUUGACUCAUCAUGGGUCGAUUGGGAUCGUUUUUCACUAACAGAUGGCUUGUGUUUGUGGCUUCAAUGUGGGUACAAUCGUGUGCUGGUAUUGGGUACCUGUUUGGGAGCUUAUCGCCGGUGAUUAAGAGUUCUUUGAACUACAAUCAGAGGCAGAUUGCGAGGUUGGGUGUGGCCAAGGACCUUGGGGACAGUGUUGGGUUCUUGGCUGGUAGUUUGUGCGAGGUCUUGCCAUUAUGGGGUGCUCUUCUUGUUGGUGCUUUGCAGAAUUUUCUUGGGUAUGGUUGGGUUUGGCUCAUCGUCACCGCCCGAGCUCCACCUUUGUCACUCUGGGCUAUGUGCAUUCUUAUAUUCGUGGGAACGAACGGUGAGACCUACUUCAAUACGGCAGCUCUGGUCUCGUGUGUGCAAAACUUUCCAAAAAGCCGAGGUCCUGUUGUGGGAAUACUAAAAGGAUUUGCUGGAUUGGGUGGUGCAAUUCUGACUCAAAUAUUUGCAGUGAUCCAUUCCCCUGAUCAUGCAUCACUCAUAUUCAUGGUUGCAGUUGGGCCCGCAAUGGUGGUUAUUGGCCUCAUGUUUAUUGUCAGGCCUGUUGGAGGUCACAAACAAGUCAGAUCAUCUGACGAGAAAAGUUUCUCAUUUAUCUAUAGUGUGUGCCUCCUUUUGGCCGCUUAUUUGAUGGCAGUCAUGCUUCUCGAAGAUCUAGUUAAUUUGAGCCACACAGUGAUCAUAAUUUUCACAGUGAUUUUAUUUAUUCUUCUAUUUAUCCCUAUUUUGAUUCCUAUCUCAUUGUGUAUUUUCCAAGAAACUAGAGAUCCCGCAGAAGCAGCUCUUCUGCCUGAAUCACAGAAACAAGAACCUAGCAAACCUGAACACGAUAUAAAUGAUGUUAUAUUUAGUGAGAUGGAAGAUGAGAAACCCAAGGAAGUAGACUUGCUACCGGCUUCAGAGAGGCAAAAGAGAAUCGCCCAACUGCAAACAAAACUAGCCCAAGCAGCUGCAGCAGGAGCAGUAAGGGUCAAGCGGAGAAGGGGUCCACAUAGGGGAGAGGACUUUACCUUGACGCAGGCUUUGAUAAAGGCAGAUUUUUGGUUGAUUUUUUUCUCACUUCUAUUGGGAUCGGGAUCUGGUUUGACGGUGAUUGAUAAUUUGGGUCAGAUGAGCCAAUCUUUGGGUUACAAUAAUACGCAUAUAUUUGUUUCCUUGAUCAGCAUUUGGAACUUUCUUGGCCGUGUUGGUGGGGGUUACUUUUCUGAGAUUAUCGUCAGGGACUAUGCUUAUCCAAGGCCAGUGGCCAUGGCUAUUGCCCAAGUCAUAAUGGCAUUUGGGCACUUCUUCCUUGCUAUGGGUUGGCCUGGGGCAAUGUACAUUGGUACUCUGAUGAUCGGACUUGGGUAUGGGGCCCACUGGGCAAUUGUUCCAGCUGCUGCCUCUGAGUUGUUCGGCUUGAAAAAAUUCGGAGCUUUGUACAAUUUUCUCACUCUAGCGAACCCUGCUGGUUCCUUAGUCCUCUCUGGUCUGAUUGCAAGCAGUAUCUAUGACAGUGAAGCAGCGAAGCAAGCCCAUCCUUACCAUCAACAUCAACAGGAUUUGGGAUCAAUAUUUUUAGGUAGUCUUGGUCAGGAUGAACCACUAAAGUGUGAAGGAGCUGUAUGCUUCUUCCUGACGUGCAUGAUAAUGUCGGGACUUUGCAUCAUUGCUGUUGUUUUAAGUAUGAUUCUUGUCUAUCGGACUAAGAUUGUUUAUGCUCACCUUUAUGGAAAAUCUCGUACUUGACUUGCGGGAAGAGAACCACGAUGGGUUUUCAGAACUCUGUUAUUUUGGAUCAGCAUUAUCUGUAUAAUUUGUGUAAGAUGGCAGGGAUUCCUCUGUAUCCAACGCAUAUUUCUAAAAAGGAAGAAUCUUCAGAACAACUCUCCCCACGUUCUUCUACGGCAGAUGGGCACUAUCUUUUUGUUGAGUGAUGUAAGAUUUUUAGUUUUGAAUGUCUCUUGUAUCUUGUCAAAGUCGGAUUUUUUUCUUGGAGGUGAUUUUUUUUUCAUUGAAGUUGCCUUUGUAAACCAUUUCAUAAUGAAUAUAAUGCUUCCUGUUUUCAACCAAA